AUGCGUCGACCUCUGGGGCGACUGUGCCCGCCGAGUCCUCUGAGGCUGGCCAGGCGCCGGCCUCCUUGCUCAGCCGCCUGGGAGCUUGGUGUGGGGCGGGCUGCUCUCAGGACUCACACUGCAGUUCCUAAUAAAAUGAUCCCACAAGCCCCUACAGAUGCCUCUCACCUGUGUGCCGAGGCUGACGGCAAUGUCAGACGGGGCGCUGCCCUCUUGGGGCUCUCAUCGGUGCAGGGGGAGAAGGUGGGCGUGGGGCUCACCGAGGGCUGGGCCAUACAGCACAGAACCAGCCUGGCACGGGCAGCUUCGCCAGCACGCUCUCCACAGUUUUCAGGGUUCUGGUACAUUCUGGCUGUCGCUUCUGAGGACCAGAGAUUCUUGCCAGGCAGAGACAGGAGGAAGCUGGGGGCAUCGAUGGUGGAGGUCCACAAACCUGGCCAGCUGAACGUGGUCCUUGCCUUCAGCUGGUCACAGGGGUGCCAGUCACACACGUUAAUUCUGCGGAAAGAUAGGAAAAAGGCGAUAUUCAGGAAUCCUUGUGCGUAUGAAGGCCGGGGGCCUGGAGAGAAAGUCCUGGGGGUGGGCGUGACCUGGCUUCACGGCCACAGGCCCGGGAGAUGCCGCUCCUCUGUCCCAGGGUUGAGUGCAUGGGAGGGACAGCGGCCCCCAGGGCGGGCAGGCAGGCCACAGUCCCAGAGCCCACAAGCAUGCAAAUGGCUGCCUUCUCACUAUGUCAAGUGUCGGGGAGAGGGCUCUGGUGUCUUCCUCUUCUUAUAUGGGCACUGA